AUGGAGAAGGAUGAGGAAGAUGAUGAGGAGGUGGUGUGGAAGGAUGAGGAAGAGCAUGAGGAGGUGGUGUGGAAGGAUGAGGAAGAGGAUGAGGUGGUGGGGAAGGACGAGGAAGAGGAUGAGGAGGUGGUGGGGAAGGACGAGGAAGAGGAUGAGGAGGUGGUGGGGAAGGAUGAGGAAGAGGAUGAGGAGGUGGUGGGGAAGGAUGAGGAUGAGGAGGUGGUGGGGAAGGACGAGGAAGAGGAUGAGGAUGAGGAGGUGGUGGGGAAGGAUGAGGAAGAGCAUGAGGAGGUGGUGGGGAAGGAUGAGGAAGAGGAAAAUGAUGAGGAGGUGGUGGAGAAGAAUGAGGAAGAGUAUGAGGAUGAGGAGGGGGUGGAGAAGGAUGAGGAAGAGGAUAAGGAGGUGGUGGGGAAGGAUGAGGAUGAGGAAAAUGAUGAGGAGUCACCUGGGGGCAAGAACAGCUCUGUUCUGCUUUACCUGUCUCUGGAGUCACCUGGGGGCAAGAACAGCUCUGUUCUGCUUUACCUGUCUCUGGAGUCACCUGGGGCAGACAAUACCACACCGGACACUACUACACCGGACACUACUACACCGGACACCACCACACCGGACACCACCACACCGGACACCACCACACCGGACACCACCACACCAGACAAUACCACACCAGACAAUACCACACCAGACAAUACCACACCAGACAAUACCACACCGGACACCACCACACCGGACACCACCACACCGGACACCACCACACCGGACACCACCACACCAGAUACUACCACACCGGACACCACCACACCGGACACCACCACACCGGACACCACCACACCGGACACUACCACACCGGACACCACCAAACCGGACAAUACCACACCGGACACUACCACACCGGACACUACCACACCGGACACUACCACACCGGACACCACCAAACCGGACACUACCACACCAGACACCACCACACCGGACACUACCACACCGGACACCACCACACCAGACACUACCACACCGGACACUACCACACCGGACACUACCACACCGGACACCACCACAACGGACACCACCAAACCAGACACUACCACACCAGACACUACCACACCAGACACUACCACACCAGACACUACCACACCGGACACUACCACACUGGACACUACCACACCGGACAAUACCACACCAGACAAUAUCUCACCAGCAACCAGCAACUCACCAGAGAACACCUGGUGA